AUGCUGAACGCGGGUGGGGGGCUUGCGAAUGGUGCCAUCGCUGCCAGUGCCGCAGCCCGUCCGUCCCCCGCUUCCUCACCACUCUGGCAGCCUGCAUGUACUCGUAGUGCAGCACCUGCCAAUGCAUAUGCGCAUGUACGGCUAUCAGCACCUCUAUCUGCUUCUUCCUUUCUUAUCCAAUUCCUUCACCUCACGACCCUUUCUCUCGCUCCCCGCAUCCUCGUGACAUGUGAGACGAUGGCCCUGACCGUUCGUCCGCGAUUGAAUUCCCAUGGCGCCGCCCCCACACUCUGACCUCGUAAUCACGUAACACGCAGCCGGAGCAUACUCGACAAAUAUUCAUUCCUGCAUACGCGCGCUCCAUCAAAUCUCCGCCCGCAUCUUCAGCGUCAUCAACAUCAUCAUUCGAGGUGCAACCACCAACUCUCCAAUACAUGGCUCACGUUGCCUGUGAACCUGGAACACCACAGAAAUCCUCACUCAACUACGGUACAACAUCUCAACCAUCCCAGCCUUGGGCGUCUCAGCAAUGGGCAUCUCAAUUGCCGAGAUGCCCUUGUUUGGAAUGGCUGGAAUGGCUGAGAUGUUGUAUUGU